ACUGGCUCGUUUAUGGGUUCGCCAUAUUGUUUUUGUUAGAUGCGGGAAAUUUAUUGACAGUGUCUUGGGUUGGGUAUACAGUAGAAAAUGAAUAAACUGGUGAGCAUUCCGUCGGCACCAGGGGCGCCCAAACGAAAGGAGAUCUACAAAUAUGAGGCACCAUGGACAGUCUACAGCAUGAACUGGAGUAUUCGACCAGACAAGAGAUUCAGACUUGCCCUGGGCAGUUUUGUUGAAGAAUACAACAAUAAGGUCCAGAUUGUAUCUCUUGAUGAAGAAACUUCUGACUUCUCAUCCAAAAGCACAUUUGACCACCCAUAUCCGACGACCAAACUGAUGUGGAUUCCCGACACAAAAGGAGUUUUCCCGGACCUACUGGCUACCAGUGGCGACUAUCUGCGUGUGUGGAGAGUUGGUGACACAGAGACGAGGCUGGAGUGUCUGCUCAAUAAUAAUAAAAAUUCUGAUUUUUGUGCUCCCUUGACCUCCUUCGACUGGAAUGAAGUUGAUCCCAAUCUUCUGGGGACCUCAAGUAUUGAUACAACCUGCACAAUCUGGGGUCUCGAGACUGGCCAGGUGCUCGGCAGGGUCAACAUGGUGUCCGGGCAUGUCAAGACACAGCUGAUAGCCCACGACAAGGAGGUGUACGACAUCGCCUUCAGCCGGGCCGGAGGCGGCAGGGACAUGUUUGCCAGUGUUGGUGCUGAUGGCUCCGUGCGUAUGUUCGACCUCCGCCACCUCGAACACUCCACUAUCAUCUACGAAGACCCUCAGCAUGUGCCCCUGCUGCGCCUCGCCUGGAACAAGCAGGACCCCAACUAUCUCGCUACCAUGGCCAUGGAUGCUUUCGAGGUGAUCAUCCUGGACGUGCGCGUCCCCUGCACCCCGGUCGCCCGACUCAACAACCACCGUGCAUGUGUCAAUGGUAUUGCCUGGGCGCCACAUUCCUCCUGUCACAUCUGUACUGCUGCUGAUGAUCACCAAGCCCUAAUAUGGGACAUUCAGCAGAUGCCGCGCGCCAUCGAGGACCCAAUCCUAGCGUACACAUCAUCAGGGGAGAUAAACCAGAUUCAGUGGUCCUCAACACAGCCUGACUGGAUCGCUAUUUGUUACAAUAACUGUUUGGAGAUUCUCCGCGUUUGAUAAUUAACAGGGCACUUUGAAGAGACUCAAGACCAUUGCAAGGCCAGUCAAUACCGAAAUAACCAAAUCAAACCAGUCAAACAUCUACCAACCAUUUCUUCAAUCAGCCUGUUCCGAUUAAAUUGAAGGUUCGUGCAACAGAACAAAUUGUUAAAAAUAUUUCAAUAGGUUCCAUUAUUUGUAGAGAUAUUAAUCCUAUCGUGUUCUAAACCUUUAUGGGUUGUGAAUGAAAUUUGUGAAGCUUUGAGAAAACUUUUCUAGGUGAUUUCUAGUGUUAGUUACAUAAUAAAGGGGAAUGUCUGGGAAAACAGAAGAAAGCCUGCCACCGUAGAACUUUUGUGAGAAUCAUUUGCCGUAGUUGACACAUUUAGCGCUCUGCUCUUAUAAGCUCAAUGUGAACUGUCAUGCAGCAAGACCAUAGCAUGUUUCUUCUAACCCAUUACUUCAUGCACAGGGCGCUAAUUAGGUUGAAUACAGUUCUUAUGCAUCGUGAAUGCCUUACAGGGUUUGUGUGCUACGGUUCUCUCCCCCCUGUGAAUACGUACAUUGGAUAACAGUGUUAACCAACAAACCUUUUUGUUUGAAGCAAAUCCAAGUGAUAUGCAAAUGGAAUCUGAUUAGGAGGGAAAUAGAAGGGCAUAACUCGGGAUAGCCGAUGAUGGCGCUACGAUCGAGCCAUGAAAUUCCAGCCUAGUUCGGCAAGGGUGGAAACUAGGCUUUUACAGUCAGUUACCUCCCUUGCCUCAUGGAGAUGGCGAGUUGGGGACAUUAAUCCUCUGAACACUGGGGGACGGUCGGUCAGCCUGACAGUUAAAGCGUUCGAAGACCCGGGUUCAAUUCCCAACAUGGGUACAAUGUGUGAAGCCCAUUUCCUGUGUCCCCCGCUGUGAUAUUGCUGGAAUAUUGCUAAAAGCGGCGUAAAACCAUACUCACUCACUCACUCUGAACACUGAUCUCAGAUCACACAAACAGACAUAUCUCUUGCUUGACAGUGUGGCUGCCUGUUCCCCACACUGUUGGAAUGUCAAGCAAUGGUGGAGUGGGUUGAAACUAAUUGCUGCUCAUCGUAGUAGGGCUCAUCUGACGUCCAUGUGUUGUAAAUGUCCCCAUUGCUUUUUAAACGUAUUCACGGGGGAUGGAGGGACGUAGUGUACACAAACCCAUGAAGUAUUGACGAUGGAUUUGUUGUGAAAAGGGCACCUGCUUUACUGUGACCUGCCUGGGAAUUGAUUCUUGGCCAGACCACCAAGUACAGCCGAUGUCACCUCUUCUCUGCUGUUGUCCAUAGUCCCAUCUAGUUAUGUUGAAUUAUAAUUUUCAUCGUCAUGUAUUUUAUACAUUUACUAGACUUCAUGUCCUCACUUUGCCAUUAAAUUCUCAUUUGAUUAUAAGUACCAUUAACCCUUAGUGAUCCUGCAUUAGAUUCCACGUCAGACAAAUUCCUUCAUAAUUACUUAGUGACUGGCCUUAAGUUCAUAAUGUUUCAUUCAGACAUCUAUCUUUUGAAAGUGCCUGUUAUCCAUCAAGCUUAUUAUGUGUGUUAAAGUCAUACUGACCUGAGAACGCAAUGGGCAACAUGUCACUGUCAACUUGGCAUUAGAGGUCAAAGGAGACUAUAUAACCUUGACAUUCAGAGAAUUCUGACCUUGACCUUGUUAGCAUGAUAAGCUGCUUCAAAAUGUUGUGUCAGGGAACAAGUUCAGCAUGUCGACCCAAGACCAGACUGAAGUGUUGAAAUGACAUCCAUUUAAAUUAUUUAUUGCAUGUCAAAACGAUCAUCCCUCCAGAGGCAUGUUAUCACGUCAAAGCCCCAAUGGAGGACAUUCUAGAAGAAAUGAUCUUGAGACAAACUGUUGAGAAGAUUUCAUGCUGCAUUUUCCAUCGCUUUGGAUUAAAACCAUCCUCAUGCUUGUGUAUUUGCAAACUGUUUGUCUUCAAGUCAGACAUGCCAUUGUUCAUAUGAAGAAUUUUGAAAACUGAAGCUACCAUCAAUUUGCCUCUUUGUUCAAAUAAUUUUGCUGUUACUUUGUUUAGAAAUAAAAAACAUCAAUGUAUAAUUUUUAACAGGGCUAUAAAUAUAUGUCCAUGCUAUACACCUUUAAAAACAUUGUUUAACUGUUCAUUUCAGGAAUGACUCCAUGUUGUUUGGAGGAGCUAAGACUGAAUGUAUUAGAUGUUAGAUUUUUACCCAUCAUGUACUUGUGGUAUUCAUAUACGAAUCAGACUUGGAGUCCAAUUCUAUGUACAGUUGAUUUUAAUCAUGUCACAUUUUGUAUUUAAUUCAUCUAUGAUCUACUAUUUUUAUGCCAUGUGACUAUUUGUAGAAGAGACGUCAUGUUCUGUGUGUACAGUGUUGUGAUAUCACCGCACAUUAUUGCUUCUUGUUGGUGCAAGCAAUGGCUCCACCUAUUGACCACCUCAAGUCUCAUUGACUUAACCAUCCAAUGAGGCUCAGAACUGGCUAAGAUUAAUCAUGCAUUACUGUUUAUAUUACAUGGUUUACAGAUCCACAGAAAAUGUAUGUUAAAAUUAAACUUAAAAUUAUUUUUACUUUUGAGUCAACAAAUUUCAGGAAAAAAUGGACUUUUUCUUCUUAUUCAGAGAAAGACGAAAGGCAGAAUGUUCCUUGAAGUAGUAGUAUUUUCUCACCCUAUAUAUUUCAAAUAAAAGAGAUUUUUUUUGCAUUUUUUAUUCAUUUCAACCACCUAAAAUAUGGUUUUGAAUUAAAUGAAAAAUAAAAAUAAAAUUUCCUUAAUUAGCUGUACACCAUGUAACAAAGAUUUAGUAUAAAAAUGAUUCCUGUAGACGUUAAUGUAACUAAGGUAACUUAAAAGAGUAGGGUUUUAGAGCUGGAGAUAAUUAUUUCUGUGGGAGUCCAUUUGAAAGUUCCAAAUAUGUAAAUCAACACAUCACACAAUUUGUGUCCUCCAGUGACAUUAACCAGCCUUAAUAUGUUGUACAAACAUCUUGGUGUUGAACUGAAUAUAUCUUGUACCAGGAACAGGUGUGUUACCUGACCAUUCAGUGUAUAAUACAGCCAUUCUAUAGUGAAAUAUUUCCUGCACUCAUUUGCCACCAUAGUUUUGUUUAGGAAGUGACACACCAUCUCUUAUCUCAAACUUCACACAUGAGUUUGGGGCAGUGGGGUAGCCUAGUGGUUAAAGCAUUUGCUCAUCACGACAAAGACCUGGGUUCAAUUCCCCACAUGGGUACAAUGUGUGAAAACCAUUUCUGGUGUCCCCUGCCAUGAUAUUGCUGGAAUAAUGCUAAAAGCGGCGUUAAACCAUACUCACUCACUCGCUCUCACAGGAGUUCUUUCACUCAUGAGCUUGUAAUCGUGGGAGGUUUGUCAUAAACCUACAUUCAAAAUAUCACCCUUGUCCGAGCGAGCCCUGGAUGUACAUAUUAGUUGAAUGAGAAAACUGAUACAGGAACUUUAGCGGGAAAAGAUGUUUCCAGGGUACUAAGACAGAUGAAGGGAGGUCUUUUGUCUACAAGAUAUUAUGGUUGUAUUUGAGACCGCAAGAGUCAAGUCAUUUACUGGUCAAUUUCAAUAAUGGAACAACAGUGUAUUUGAUUUUGAUUGGACGUCUAUUUGUAGCAUCAUUUCCUGUAAACUGUGGCAAAUGGGUCCUGGGUAUUUAUUGUAGAAUGGAGAAUUAGUACACUGGUCAGCCGAGAGUGAUUAUGAAGCUCAUUAUUGAUAUUAUGUGUAUAGGAUUAUGUAGUAGGGUUGCUUAUAGACACUAAAACUAUUUGUUGAUUAUCUUAGAAUGUGAACUCUGUCAACUUCACUUUGUGAUUUAUGUAGACACGUGUCACGGUGCAGUGUGCAUGAAAGUAACACUUAUGAAGCAGUGUGUAGACUACCCGUGACCAUCUCAUUAAUAUCAGAUCUUUUUCUUCAAUAUCAUGAUACCUGUCUGCAGAUCCGAGUAAAAGAUCAGAUUUUAAUGAGAUAUGUCAGAAGCUUCAUUAAUAUAGUGACAGAUGAUGUCAUGGGAAUAUUGUGUCUUAUUCUGCUUCUGAAAGAGGGGUGUAAAUCUACAACAUGUAUUUCUAUGUGUUUCUUAGUAUUGCUGCAUUAGAGGUGAAACGAUACAGCAACGUCACCACAUGAUACGCAUCACAAUCAAAAGGUCACGAUAUGAUAUGUAUCGCGAUAUGCAUAUUUACAUCAGAUCAUGUGGAAAUGUCUUGACUAUGAAUAUUUCAGAGCAGGUUCAAACGAAACUUAAAUACAACACAUUUUGCGAUGUUUGACUGACAAAAAUGCCCGUGGCGCGGGGUGUUCAACGAGCAGUAAUGUCGUUUAGCAAGCGUAUCAUCUUGUAUCGAUACAGAAAAAAAUGUAUCAUGUAUCAUAACAGCGCAUGAAAACUUACGAUGCACUGGUGUAUCGUUCCUCCUCUACACUGUCCUUGAGGGCAUUUAGUGAUGAGAGCUGGGCCUGUAAGCCUUGAUUUUAUGAGGGGAACUGGUCCACAAAUUUCAAUAUUUCAAGUCCAGCAUUAACACAUUUUUCCACACUGCCGUUCGAGAUAGACAUGAAAAAGAUGCAUAGAUCCACUUGAUGCUGGGUAACUAUACCUCCAAUAAUGAUCCAUGUUUAUCAAACAAUUUGUUUGAAAAUGUUUUGUCGUCCAUGAUAUGAUGAGCACGUGUCCCAGGUUGUUACAGUGUUGCUUUGUGUUGAUGUCAGCCACUGCAUCUGUAUAUUCCAUAUCACCAAGCAUCUCUAAGUCUCAGCAAACUGUGGACCAUCUGAGUCUCCUGGAGCAUUAUACAGGCGGAGGUCUCCACAAUAUGUUCCAAGUAUGUGAGAAUGAUGUAUGUAUGAGUGUGUGCAUGUAUGUUAGUUAUGCAAGAAAUUGUCUGCCACUGUAUACAGUAAAACCAUCUCUAAAAUUCAUGAUUUGUGUGUUUGGUGCGUGCGUGUGCUAGUUUUAUUAAGUGUGACAGAUUUUCUUCGUCGGUAUACUGACUCACGGUCCACAGAGCAUUCACAGCCUUACGACCUAUUGUAACUGUAGUCAAUUGUAGGUUCACGAAUGCUGCAGCAGUACGAAAGCUUUAUGGACUGGGGCCCAGGAUGUGUAGUUAAGAAAUAAUAGUUCAGGACCAAUCAUGGAAAAAUAUCCUUUAACUUUUCAAACGAUAGUUGCUAUCUCAUUAAGCUCUACGACUGUAGUUAAUUGUAGAUUACAAAUGCCGCAGCAGUAAGAACGCUUUUUGGACUGAAAUAAUAGUUCAGGACCAAUCAUGGAAAAAUAUCCUUAAACAUAUUAAAUAGUUGCAAUCUCACCAAAAUCAGAGCUUAGUGCUCAUACCGCUACAUAAAUGAUUUGUUGCGAAACAGAUAGAAACUAACAGCAGCAAUCCUCAAACAAGAUUUUAUAUUAUCUGGCUCUAAAAUUGACCAAUCGCACCUAUUUAACAUACUGUUGGUUUGUUUGGAGUUGUGAGAGAGAGAAUGUGUCUGUGAAGUGUGUUUUGAGACUAGAUCUGCAGUUUGCCCAUGUGCUAUAUUUGUCCUGUGUUGGUAUAUUUUGAAGUGUCUAUCUUGUUGUUCAUUCUAGCGGGGCAUAGGGAUCACAGUUCGAUAUCUGAAAACACGAGUGAUGCGACGUCAUAAAUGUUUAGGAGUAUUUCCUGUAGGUGUGGUUGUUUUCAGAUACUGAUGUUGGAAUCUCAUCCCUGUUUGUCUCUUGCAACUGUCUCGUACACCUUGUGGGAACUUGUAUUGCCAUGGUAACGUAUUAAUUAUGAGAGAAGAUUGUCAACUGAAGUUACCUGUGAUCUCGCAUCGGAUUAUCAGUUAUCAGUCAUAUAUCCUAAAGGGCGGAAAUUUCAGGGGGUAGAAAUUGGGGUGGAAAUGUGUUUGAGGGUGCUGAAAUUAGGGCUGAAUAUAGGUUUGGUUGGAAAUCGAGGGUGAGUUCGACAUAUGGAAAUCGAGGGUGGGCUGGGUCAAUACAUGAAAAUCGGGGAAAUGGGGUGGGGUGGGGUGGGGUGGAGUCGAUAUGUGAAAAUCGGGGAAAUGGAGUGGGGUCGGGUCAAUAUGUGGAAAUCGGGGAAGUGGUAUGGGGUGGGGUGGAGUCGAUAUGUGGAAAUCGGGGGAAUGGAGAGGGGUGGGGUGGGUCAAUAUGUGGAAAUCAGGGAAUUGAGUGGGGUGGGGUCAAUAUGUGGAAAUCAGGGUGGUUGCUCAGACAUGCCAGGGGAUUUGUUGCAGCAAAGAUAUUUUGGGAAAUCAUUAAAUAAAUGCAACAUUUGGGUUACAGUGGAAGUGACGGACAUUCAAUGUACACUUACCGAUCUGUACUUGAAGUCAGGGUUCAUGUAAAACAAUUUGUACAUUACUAUCAAUCCAUUUGUCCAAAUACAUACAUUUGCAAAAAAAUCAUUUGUCAUCAAUAUACCAGAUUUUCCUAGCUCAGCAGACUCUUAAUGGCAACAACCUUCCACAUUAUCUAGGGUCCACGGGGAUAACAAUUCCUAAUUCUUCUAGAGCUUGUUUGGUGUUUUUCGUCUUGUGGACACUGGUGAGUAGAUCCUGCAUGAUGACAAGAUGUACGAGUCAGCUGCAGAUUUCCUUUGUCGUACUGAUCAUCAGUAACGAAAUGUGGUGUUUGUUUUGCCAAAAUAAAUGUAUACAAAAACA